AUGUCUAACUGGUAUUCAAGUGUAGAACUGGCAGAAUUACUACAAUCAAAAAAUACAUAUUUAGUUGGAACAUUAAGGUGCAAUAGAAAGUCUAAUCCGAAAGAAGUAACUAAAAAAAAAUUGAAAAGAGGGGAAAUUGUGUCUCAGAGAAGCUCAUCUAAUGUGUUGGUGCUGAAGUGGAGGGACAAACGGGAUUUAGUUAUGGUUUCUUCUAAACAUGAUAGUGCUCUUACAAAUUUGAAAAUAAGAGGAAAAAUAGUACAAAAACCAACAGUAGUUGUUGAUUAUAAUAUUGGAAAAACUUCAAUUGACCUCUCAGAUCAGAUGACUUCCUACUCCAACCCUCUUCGUCGCAGUCAAAAGUGGUACAGAAAAGUUGCUCUAGAUGCAUUAUUAAACAUAAGUGUUGUUAAUGCUCUAGUUUUAUUCCAGAAAGUUACAUCUUCAAAAAUGUCUAUUACAGUAUUCAGAUCUACACUUGUAGAACAGUUAAUAAAUAAAGAAACUAUCACAGAAAUUAUAUCACAAAAACAUGUUUUAGAAAAAGCAAACAGAAGUAGAUGUGUUGGCUGUUACUCUAAGGCAGUAAAAUAUACUACCAAACAUUUUUUUCUGGAUAUGAAAAGAGGGGAAAAAGUGGCAAAAAUUGUUUGCUCCAUGGUGGUAUUGGACAUUAACCUGGCUCUGCGGCUGAACCCCUACAUUUUUUAUCUGCAACGAGACAUGAGCCUAUAA